GUAAAAGCAGAAGAUAUUUUGCGAAGAAAACUUCGUCGAACUGCAUUGGGAAUAUUUAUUAGAAAGUAUCAGAUGUAGAUUCCAAUACAAAGUGGACACAAAAUGACGUCUCCCAAAGGCUUUUCUGAAGUGCAAAGUGAAACGUUUAACUGGGAGGAGUACUUAAAGGAGAGCGGAGGGGAACCUGCUCCAGAGACAUGCUUCAAGCAGGCCUCGACGCCACCGGAAAACACAUUUGAGCCCAGUCAGAAGAUAGAAGCUGCAGACCCCAGAAACUUGACAUCUACAUGUGUUGCCACGGUGAUAGGCGCAGUGGGUCCCCGCCUGAGACUGAGGCUGGAUGGUAGUGACAACUCUAAUGACUUCUGGAGGCUGACAGACAGUGGAGACAUUCAUCCCAUAGGUUUUAGUGAGAAGAAUGGCGGACUGCUUCAACCUCCACUUGGAUUUCGAAUGAACCCUUCCUCAUGGCCAAGCUUCAUGCAGAAGACUCUGAAUGGGGCUGUGUGUGCUCCCAGCAGCUGCUUUAAACAGGAGCCCCUUGGACCUAGGAGAAAUGAGUUCAAGCCCAGCAUGAAACUGGAGGCUGUAGACAGGAAGAACCCGAUGUUGAUAUGUCCCGCCACAAUAGGGGCCAUAAAUGGGGACCAAGUACAUGUUAGGUUUGAUGGUUGGAAGGGCGCCUUUGACUACUGGUGCAAGUAUGAUGACAGGGACAUAUUCCCUUGUGGUUGGUGUGCUAAAAACGGCCAUCCCCUGCAGCCACCGGGCCAGAAAGGUUCUGGCGCAGUAACCAAGCCCGGGCGUGGCAGAUUGUCUGACAGCAGCACGCAGGGCCUGAACCCAACCAGUCGAAACUCAACCCCCAGUAGACAGAAGAGCCCCUCCCCUGCCCCAACCCCCACAAGUCCCAGGGUGAAGGAGGAGCAUUUAUCCCCGAGGGAGGCAUCAGUUGUCACAGUUACUGAACCUGACACCAGCUCCCCCUCACCACCUGCUGUGUGUGUGUACAUCAACCAUGGUUGUAACUGUGGUCCAUACCUGAACCAACAGCGGAUCCUCCAGCUGCCGUCCCAGUAUGGCCCUGGAGUAAUCAACCGUGUCCUCUACGACAUCCUCAAGGGAUGCAUGGAGUGCGCAUUUACCGAGAAGGUCGUGUAUAACCUCAUACCAGAAGGGCACGGCAGGGUAGUCAUUUCAGCUAGUCAUGGUCACAAGACGUACACUAAGCGUGUGAUAGGCGUGGAGACAGGGGACGAGUUCUGGGGUCUGCUGGACAGAUUGUUUGAGGAUCUCGGCUGUUGCCAGAACCUGUUCUCCACUAAACCACUCAACAAUGUUUGCCAGAAGUGUUCCAGAGUAAGAUCUGAUUCUGAGGGCCAGCAGUCAGCAGAUAACAGAUCCAAUAAGUCCAACAAAUCCAACCCAAAACGCCGCUGGUCAACAGAAUCAGCAGAGAGUUUACGCAACACGACUCAUCCAAAACCUGUCAAGGUGCGACGCUCAUACGAGGCUGAGGCGAGUUCGACGACUGUGGAUCCUCGUGCACACAGGCCGGCAAACCCAGCUGAUUGGUCAAUUGAUGAGGUUGUCCGACACAUUUGUGAUACUGACCCAGCUCUCGCCCCACAUGCUGUGCUUUUUAGGAAGCAUGAAAUUGAUGGGAAGGCGCUGCUGCUGUUAAACAGCGAUAUGAUGAUGAAGUACAUGGGGCUGAAGCUGGGACCUGUCCUCAAACUGUGUAACCUAAUUGACAGGCUUAGACAGCGUGCCAGAUGAAGAGAACCACUUCAAACAAAGCUGCCAAUGAGACAUUUCUAAACUGAAUACAUGAUCUGUGUCAUAAUCCAGAUGGACCCAGCUUAAACAGUGGGCCAAUCAAAAGAUGCCAGAAACAGCCUAGUUUUGUUUUGUUGUUUCAUAUCAAGAGGCAGUGCUUUGCAAAAUUGUUUGAUCAUUGUAUAAAAAUUGUUUGAUCAUUGUAUAAAAACAUGCUUAUUACAGGAGGGCAAUAUACAUGUAGAUAAUAUUAUUAUAGGGCUAGGGUAGGGGAACUGUUUGUCAUGGUGAUUUGUUGGAUACAUUUGUUUUCCUCCUAUUUCUUGUCUGUUAAUGUGUUUAUGGUUUAAGAUCUGAUCUUGGAUUCAGAAACAAUGAGCUGCUGGUUCUACUUAUUGAAAGGUCCUUACUUAUUGAAAGGUCCUCUUUUGCAAGGCCAAAAAUAGGGUCAGAGGGCAAGAUUUGUUUUAGGUAAUGGAAUGUCUUAGUACCAUUUUCACCCUUAAAACUUUUGCCAUUUUGCAUCGGGCAACAUUUAAUUAGGGUGAUGUUUAAAAUCAGUAUGUUUAUGCAUCUUUCCUGUGCAAUAGAAUAUAGAAAAGAUGUAAUGAAAAGGAGAAAAAUAGUAGGCAGGAAAAAUUGUUCUGGCAGCCAAAAAAAAGUAGGGUUGGGUACAAGAAAUUAGGAUCAGGCGGUGAAAAUGGGAAAAAAAUAUAAAAUGUUGUGCCGAAUGCUGUUGUUAAAACUUGUUGGUACCCUAUCCAAAUGUAAUUCAUGUAGUUGUGGACAAGUGGAGAAAUGAUUUAAGUGUUGAACUGUUCUGAUAAUCACUGUUGUACAUAUAUAUGUACACAGAACUUUAACCUAUACUAGCUCAAAGAUAAUGAAAUGUGGCAGCCAUUUUGUGAUAUUCGAACAAAUACUUGGGGUUUUGAGCCAGUCCUGCAAAUUGAAGCCUUUGGUGGAUUGUUCUGAACUUUGUUGAAAUGUGAAAUAUGUGAUGAUGUGCUCAAAAAUUUAAAAUAAAAACAAGUACAGCUGAAACAGUUGUCUCAAAUCUUGUUAGAAAUACAGCAGAUCACAAGUGUAUUGGUUAAUCUUUAGGCCCCAAUUUCUCGAAACUUCUUAAGUUCCUUAUAACAGGAUUAAGCUAAUCUCACAAUUUUUGUUUUUCAAUAAUUUGCGUAAUAUUUUUUAAUUUUUUUUAAGAGUUUUAAUACUUAAGAUAGGAAUGAUCUUUAUUAUAAUCACAAUUAACCAUUUUUCAGCUAUCAAAAAUCAAUUUAAGUAUGUAUCUUGGCUAAUUGAAAUAAGCUACUUAAGCCUGUUUAGCUUAAGAAGUUUCGAGAAAUUGAGGCCAGAGCAUUAAUGAUUUGAAAGUUAAAAACGAAGACAUUAACAACAUUGUUGACUUAAACAAAGUUCUGAAAUAUCGGCCCAUAGUCAAUGGAAUAUCGGCCCAUAGUCAAUGAAAUAUCGGCCCAUAGUCAAUGAAAUAUCGGCCCAUAGUCAAUGAAAUAUCGGCCCAUAGUCAAUGGAAAAUAGCAAACACCUUUGAGUUGUCAUUUUUUGAAGAAAACAAUUUUUAAUUAAUCUAUUUUCAUCUGAGUUUCACUAAAUGUAAUUGUAUGAGUUUUUCUGAUAUCUUUAUAUCUGUACCACUUAAAUACACUUUUAUUUCAUCUGAAAUUCUAUACAGUUGUAUGAAAAAACAUUUCCUUAUGCGAGAUUGUGAAACUUUUUUGUAAAACAGUUUAAACCAGUCAAAAAGGGUUUCAUAAUUUACAGAGAAAGUUGAUAUUAGAGGAACUUAAAAAGUUUUUGCAAAUCUGCAAGUUUUGUAAUUUGAAAUAUCUUUUAUUUGAUUGUAUCUAGCUAGUAUAUAGUUUUGCAUCUGCAGUUUUGCAGUAUAAUUUUAAAUUUAAUUUUAUAGCAAUUGCAAGUGUUUAAUGAAAUUUUAUGGAUGUAUUUAUAUAUAUAUGAAAUUUCUGGCACCAAUAUCACAAAAAAAAACCCGGCAAAUCUCAAUCUCGACUUAUUUUACCAUAUAUUUACCAUAGAAUGAUUAAAAAUCUUGCAUGUUUUAUACUUUUUUAAAAUAAAUUUUCUCAUGUUAUGUUUAAAAAAAAGAUUUUGUCAAUAUUUCAAAGAAAACUUAUUCUAGUGCAAAAAAUAUACUUUGAGUUAUUAUUAAAAAGAAAUAAAUUUUACUCAAGCACCUUUUUUAGGCUGUAGAAUAUUUCUCCUUGGAAUUAAGGCCGUAGGUUUUGAUCAACGUAUUCAUGAUAGAAUGCGGUAUUAAAAGGUGAAAAAAAACAUAUAUUAUUUUCAAUAACUUUUGAUGCUAUGUGGUAAAACUAUUUGAGUGUGAGACUGAGAUUUUACUUAAAGGGACACUCUUAGUCAAAUCAAUACAUACACAUCAAUUUUGACUGAUAAACUUUAAAGUACUUACUAAAUAAUGCAUUUAUGGAAUAUAUUAAUUACUGAUAACAAGAUUUUAACCGUGUAUUUAAUAGCAGAAAGCGCAAAAAUAUUAAAUGAUUGGUGAAUGCUUAAAGAUUUACCGGUACUGUUGUCUACCCAUAGUAAGUUAGAACUACAGUGUUUUAUGCUCAUUUCUUUCAAAUUAAACUUGGUAUACUUCAUAAGAACCAUUGUUUUCGACAUUUAUUCAUCUUUUUUGAAUAUAAAAAAAUAUUAUUAAUUGUGGUAAAUCUUGUUUGGGAGUAAGAGUGCAUCUUUUUAAGCAUGCUCGUGAUAUUGGGGCCUUGUUAAAAUCCAUGCAUGUUUGAUUCCUUGUAGAAGACUGUACUCUGUUAUGUUUGGCUCUUGUUGUUGAUAUUAGUCGUUUUUGGUGUUUGAAAUAGUCAAUUGUAUCAAUCAAACGAAAUAACUGUACACUGAUGGUCUUACUUAGUCAAGAUAUUCUGUAAAUAUAAGAACUGGUUGUUACUUGUAAAGAAUGGUAAAUAUUGUAAUGUGUAUACAAUCGAACCCCGCUGGCUCAAACUCCCAGGAACUGGCAAAAAUACCUCGAGCCUCAGAGAAUUCCAUACACCUGAGAAUGCUUAUCAGCAGUAUAGAGAAAUCUGUCCUUUACAUCCAGUUCUAGUCAAUGAGGAAAUCGAGCCCAAUGAGUUCGAGUCAACAGGGUUCGACUGUAGAAGCAUUCAUCUGCUGUAUUUGCUUUGUAUUUAUAUGUGUCCUUUAUGUUUGGUGCAUCCUACACGGUCUGUAUUUUGUGUAUACAAGUUGCAGUCUGUUAGAACUGAAGUCUUUUGUCAUAAUGCUUUUUUUUAGUAUCAAAAUUGUGUCUCUGAUAGUUACAUGACAAUUGGCCAGUUGUUCAGAACAUUGAUAACAGUUUCAUGGAUAAAUUUGUGAUGUCCAGUAUUCUUGCAAGGUUACAGACAACUGAUUAAUUUAUCAAUAAUGCUGUUAACAAUGUUAUUAACUUUAGGAAGUUCUGAACAAUCGUCCCAUUAUUUGUCGGCCUAUUAUUGAACUAUCUUUUCUUGUUCCCAGUUUUGAAUAAGGCUUUUUGGACCUAUGUUUAUUUUUUUGGCCAAGAAUUUCUGUAAGACAUUUAUUUUUUUAUUUUAUCAAAAAACAAUAUACAUGUAUUAUUAUAAACUUCAAACCCGGAGUCGUAAUCUUGCAUAGCAAAAACACUUGUAUUAGGGUUUGAGCAAGAAAAGCCAAAAUGACCAAAAAAUUGAAAACUUCAUACAGUUACAUAGUACCUGCAUGAUAUAUCAAACCCAUGUCCAUUAUGUUAUAGUUACUCUCAACUUAAACUCCAAACCACCAGGUGGUUAGUUUGUUAGACAUACCAGAUAUUGAAUAUCUUCUGACUACAGUCAUGAAUCAUGUUCAUCAAUGUUUUUGUAUCUGUACGAGAACAGUCACUCCUAUGUGCUACAGUGUAUCUGUACGAGAACAGUCACUCCUGUGUGCUACAGUGUAUCUGUACGAGAACAGUCACUCCUAUGUACUACAUUGGAUCUGUACGAGAACAGUCACUCCUGUGUGCUACAGUGUAUCUGUACGAGAACAGUCACUCCUGUGUGCUACAGUGUAUCUGUACGAGAACAGUCACUCCUGUGUACUACAUUGGAUCUGUACGAGAACAGUCACUCCUGUGUGCUACAGUGUAUCUGUACGAGAACAGUCACUCCUAUGUGCUACAGUGUAUCUGUACGAGAACAGUCACUCCUAUGUGCUACAGUGUAUCUGUACGAGAACAGUCACUCCUAUGUGCUACAGUGUAUCUGUACGAGAACAGUCACUCCUUUGUGCUACAGUGUAUCUGUACGAGAACAGUCACUCCUAUGUGCUACAGUGUAUCUGUACGAGAACAGUCACUCCUGUGUGCUACAGUGUAUCUGUACGAGAACAGUCACUCCUAUGUGCUACAGUGUAUCUGUACGAGAACAGUCACUCCUAUGUGCUACAGUGUAUCUGUACGAGAACAGUAACUCCUAUGUGCUACAGUGUAUCUGUACGAGAACAGUCACUCCUGUGUGCUACAGUGUAUCUGUACGAGAACAGUCACUCCUGUGUGCUACAGUGUAUCUGUACGAGAACAGUCACUCCUGUGUGCUACAGUGUAUCUGUACGAGAACAGUCACUCCUGUGUGCUACAGUGUAUCUGUACGAGAACAGUCACUCCUAUGUGCUACAGUGUAUCUGUACGAGAACAGUCACUCCUGUGUGCUACAGUGUAUCUGUACGAGAACAGUCACUCCUGUGUGCUACAGUGUAUCUGUACGAGAACAGUCACUCCUGUGUGCUACAGUGUAUCUGUACGAGAACAGUCACUCCUGUGUGCUACAGUGUAUCUGUACGAGAACAGUCACUCCUGUGUACUACAUUGGAUCUGUACGAGAACAGUCACUCCUGUGUACUACAGUGUAUCUGUACGAGAACAGUCACGCCUGUGUACUACAGCCAUUGUUAUGUUUGUACAUACAUUCUCUGUUAUACCAUUCUGCCAUGUUUAGCGUGUAUUAUGCCUGUGUGUUCAUUACAAUUUUUCAUUAUUCUUGGUAGAGGUCUUUUUUGUUAUUUCUACCUUGUGUGUAUUUUGGAGAGAAAGGGUUGGGGGUAGGCUUGGUGUCAUAGAACCGUAUGAAACUUGGUACACAUGUAAGAAAUUGUUGCUAGAGGCAAUAAUCACAUGUACAUCACAAAGCCCAAUAUUCUGGCUUCAAUAAUUAUUAAGUCUAUAAUGUGCCUUGUUUGACAGAAAAAAGAGACGAGCGUUUGCGUUCGCUCUGUGGCGCUCUUGUUUGAACUAUACUGGACCCUAAUAACAUAUUUUUGUCUAUGUUAAAACUAUUCUGGAGAAGGUUAUAAUUUAUGCAAUCAAUACUGCGUCACCUUGAUGUAAUAACUCAAUAUCUGCUUAUAUUUCUAUAUUCAGUUAGUGUGUUAUUGAAAUAAGGUGACAAGUUUCACUGUCUGUGUAUGUUAACAAUUUUGUUUUGUCUUUGUCCAAAAAAUGUUGUGCUAGCAUAAUAUAAUAGAGAUCUUAUUUUAAACACAUCUACAUGCUCUUGUUUUAAGCAAAAGUCUUUCAAAGACAUGAGUUAUAGCAUAUUUUGAAAUCUGUUUAGCAUAUCAAAACACAAGAAACACGCUAGACUGAGUUUUAUUAUAAGUUAUCUUAACAAUAAGGUUUAAUUUUUUAAUAAGUAAUGCAUUUGAUUGUAAUAAUAAACACCCAUUUUAGAAAUAAAAUUGCACAAUGGGACAUAAAUAAUACACCUUUUUAUAAAAAAAAUACGGAUCUUUCUCAUCUUUAUAAAUAGUGUCAAUGUAUCUGGAUGGCUCAUUCUGCAUACAUGAAGUGUUAAAGAAAGAAAUAUAUGACAUUUUCCUAUUACAAUGUUCAUGUUUUUGAAUUUCUCUUCAUACAUGUACACAUGAGUGUUGAACAUAAUGUAUUUGUUACUGUUGACGUGUAUACAUGCUGUUGUUACUGUUAAAACUGACCAUCUGCCUUCUCAUCUGCUCUUUGAAGCCUGCCAUACUGUGCAUAUACACAAUAAACUCUCGAGAAAUGAC